CAGUUCUUAGAAGCUUAGCUGUGGAUCACGUUCAUGUAUUUGCCGGACGCUAGAUCUCCUUUGCAGCGACAGCGAUUGCGGUAGCCGGUGACAACGUGAGUCCCAGAGCCCGACACCGGAGGGCGAGAUGAACGCGCUGGCUUCCCGAGCCAUCCAGAUCCGCGAUCGCUUGUGGCAGCCCGAGCCGGCCCUCCUACCCCCAGGGUGACGCGCAGCCCGGAGUCGACAGAUGGCCCCAGGCCAAGCGCCCCAUCAGUCUGCCCCCUGGAGGGGUACCCACCCCUUUUUCCUCCUGUCCCCGCUGGUGGGCCUUCUCAGCAGGGCCUGGAGCCACCUGAGGGGCCCAGGACCUCCAGAACCCUGGCUGUUGGAACCAGUAGCCAGAGCCGAUCAAGGAGAAGCUGGUCUGGAGGGAGCAGCUCAGACUUUUGUGGGCAUCCACUGUGCCCCGGAGGGCAGGCACUUUCAAGGGGAGACUGGAGACGGUGGAGCAGUUGAGGACGAUGGAGACGCAUUCGGGGGGGCCUGCCACGAUCUAAAAGCCAGUAGUUCUCUCCUUGAAGCCUGGGGACUUUCAGAUGAUGGUGAUGAAGAGGAUCAAACAACCAGUGUCCCUCAAGAGCAAGCAAGUGACUUUGUAGGUGGCCAGCCUGCUCCCCUCUCCCCUACCCUUCCAGUAAGAGCCCUGCAGGACCCUCCCGGAGAGGAGAAGUCUGAGGAAGGAGGAGCUGCUGAAACUGAAAUGGUCACGUUUUUCUCUUUUCCUCCAUCACCCUGGGAGUGUUGUCCGGGGGGGGAGGAAGAGGAAGGAGGAGCUAUAAAGAAAGAAGCUGCCAGAGCACCUGCUUUUCCUUUGUCUCCAGGAUCCAAGCCUAAAGCUCGGGGGUAUCGUGCUGGGGAGGAAGAGGGUCAAGCGACAGAGGAAAAAACAACAGAAAAUAAAGAAGCCGCAAAGAGCUCCGUUUUCCCCUCAUCUUCAGGCUUUCAUGCUAGGGCCUGGGAGCGUGGUUCAGGAGAGGAGUCUGAGGAGGAGGAAGAUGAAUUCGGUGACUCGGGAGCAGCUGAGGAGGAGGGAGAAGCUGAGGGUCCCUCUUCCAUCCCAUCCACAAAUGCCUUCGUCAGGGCCUGGGUGUACCGGCCAGGAGAGGACACGGAGGACGAGGAGGAGGAGGAAGAUGAAUUCAGUGACUUGGGAGCAGCUGAGGAGGGGGGAGAAGCUGAGGGUCCCUCUUCCAUCCCAUCCACAAAUACUUUCUUCAGGGGUUGGGUGUACCAGCCAGGAGAGGACACGGAGGAGGAGGAGGAAGAUGAAUCCAGUGACUCGGGAGCAGCUGAGGAGGAGGGAGAAGCUGAGGGUCCCUCUUCCAUCCCAUCCACAAAUACUUUCAUCAGGGGCUGGGUGUAUCGGCCAGGAGAGGACACGGAGGAGGAGGAAGAUGAAUUCAGUGACUCGGGAGCAGCUGAGGAGGAGGGAGAAGCUGAGGGUCCCUCUUCCAUCCCAUCCACAAGUGCCUUCGUCAGGGCCUGGGUGUACCGGCCAGGAGAGGACACGGAGGAUGAGGAGGAAGAGGAGUUCAGUGACUCAGGAGCAGCUGAGGAGGAGGGAGAAGCUGAGGCUUCUCCUUCUGUCCCCCCAACAGGUACCUUCUUAAGGGCCUGGGUUUAUCGGCCAGGAGAGGACACAGAAGAGGAAGAUGAGAAUGAGGAGGAUGAUGACUCAGAAGCCACUGACUCGGCGCUGAGUCCCUCACUUCAGGCUCAGAGCGCCCUCCUCGGGGGCUGGAUGUAUCGGCCGGGAGAGGACACAGAAGGAAGGGAAGUUGCUAAGCAGCAGGGAGAAGCUGAGCCCCGCCCCUUCCGAGUGGCCAUCUAUUUACCUGGAGAAAGGCCACCACCUCCCUGGGCUCCCCCUCGGCUACCCGUCCGACUGCAGAGGCGACUUAAGUCCACGGAAACCCCCGCCCGGCAUCCUGACCCUGAGCCUCCCGUAAAGGCCAGAAAGGUACGCUUCUCUGAGAAGGUCUCUGUCCAUCUCCUGGCUGUCUGGGCGGGACCAGCCCGGGCCGCCCGCCGGGGACCCUGGGAGCAGCUAGCCCGAGAUCGAAGUCGCUUCGCCCGUCGCAUUGCUCAGGCCCAGGAGCAGCUGGGCCCCUGUCUCACUCCUGCUGCCCGGGCCAGGGCCUGGGCACGCUUUGGGAACCCUACGCCUCCUCUGGCCGCCACACCUGCUCCUACCCAGAUCUUACCAUUGUCUUCCGUCCAGGCCACAGCCUUGAGCCCUGUUACGGCAUCUCCCUUCGCCCCUCUGUCCCUGUCUCCCGGCUUGGACCUCAGUGGGAGGCGUGGCUAAGAUCAUGUAGUUUCAUGUUUAUAUUAAUUAUUUAUUUUUUUGUAUAUUGUUUUAUAUAAGAAAUAAAACUUUGUGAUUUGUAGCAAGCAAUGUCCCUGCCACUGUGUGUAUCUGAACUGACGAUCUCCACUACCCUCGGGAUAAAGGGGAGUACUCAAUAGAGAAUAAACUGUAUUUCCCAUCAUCA